CAGGCUUCGAAACUGGGUUUCCAUCAGCUGUGAAAAAUUUUCUUCUUCCCGCCCAAAAAGUCGUAAAUAAUGGAACGAAAAGUGCUUCAUUGGAGCUAUCACAAUUUUCGGGAGUUGCCAACGGAACUACAAGACUACUCAGACGAGGUCGAAGACAUUUAUUUGAAGGAAAAUUUCAUCAAAGAAUUCCCAAAAUGGUUUUUUGAGAUUCGAUUUUUGAAAUUUUUGCAAAUUAGUGGAAAUUUGAUCGAAGAACUGCCUGAAGAGAUAAAAUUCUUGAGUAAUUUGGAUUUUUUGGAUGUCUCGAAGAACGCGCUGAAGCGACUGCCUGCUUGUAUUGGAGAACUGAAGAACAUUGAACGGUUGUAUGUCAGUGAGAAUCAACUGGAAUGUCUUCCAGAAGAAAUUGGAAAUUUGGAAAAAUUACGCGUUCUCGAGUGUUGCAAGAACAAAAUCACGUACAUUCCGAUAACACUAGCCAAUUGUGAAGCUCUUGAAGAAUUAAAUUUAAACGAUAAUGAGUCGCUAUAUCUCAAGACACUCACUUGUUGA